UAGAUAAUAUAUUAUGACGCCAUAAUAUGCCUUUCACGGUUGCGUAAAAAUGCGAUAUGACGUCUGAAUGAAAUUUUAAAUUAAGCGACGCUUAAUAACAUAAGUUACAUGAUAUGUUAUGACCAGGUAUAUGACAUGUGAUAUGUCACCUGACAGACGACGCUAGUCGUUUUCAUGUUGUAAACGCUAUCUGUUCCUGGCUCAAUAAAAAGUGUAGAAAUGCGGUAUCAUCAUUUCGAUAUGUGCCCGUUAUGAAAAUUGAUAUUGAACGAUUGAACUAAUUUAUUGAAACUGGAUCGCAAGGGAUGAUGGAUAAUUUGCCGAUUGAGAUUUGGUCAGAAAUAUUGAAGUAUUUGAAUCUUGCGGAUCGUAGAGAGUGUGCACUGGUUUGUAAAAAAUUUUAUGAAGCAAGUUUGGAUCCAGAUCUACAUUGGAAAUCUACCUAUAUUUUUGAUGCACAGGCAUUAUUACCACAAGAUGAAUUCACUGAAGCUGCUUUUGACAACCAAAUUUAUUGCAAAUCACCAAAUCUUUACAUUAAUGGCUUGGAUGAGAACAUCAAUGUGAAGCCUCUGCUCAACCCUCAAAAUGGACAUAUGUCCCUUCUUGGACCUCAUGUUGUACGUCUUUCUCUGAAAGGCUCAUCUAUUCUAGAAAGCAGUUUCGUUGAAAUAUUGAAUAAGUGCGACUCUCUUGAGUCUCUGGACAUAACAAGUUGCAAUGCAAUGUUUAUGUCAGGAUCGUUCUUAGCUCAAUCUGAUCGACACUUCGUUGUUGCAAAAGUUUUAGAAAAAACUGUGGAUUUGAACUUGUCAUCGAUAAGAUAUAUGAAUGAUGAUAUUUUAAAAAAGUUUUAUUCUUUGUGCCCGAGUUUGUCUUCAAUCAAAUUAGCAUGUUGCAAUAUUUUAUUCAGUGAAUUUGGAAGCACUCAACGAUUUGCAUUAACAUUCCCUUGUAUUGUACAAUUGGCAUCUGUACAGUGUUCAACUCUAACUCGAAUUGAUUUGAGUCGUACUGGAAUCACAAAUUUUGCUUUGGCAAAAUUAUCUUCCAUUAAAGGGUUGAAACUAAAAGAAGUUGUGCUCAAGAAUUGUCGAGAACUGGGUGAUGCUGGAGUAAGUUCAUUAGCUAAGCAACAGCCAGAUUUGAGAGUUAUUGAUAUUCGUAGUUGCUGUGAAGUUGGUAAUGCAGGUGUUUCAGCAAUUUGUACCUCCUCUCAUAAUUUGAGGGAGUUGUAUCUCGCUAAGUGCAGAAAGGUAACAGACAUAUCAGCAUCAAAGAUUUCAUUUUUGGAAAAGUUAGAAAUUCUUGAUAUAUCUGAAUGUUAUGAUAUAACCACGACAAGUAUUUCUGUAAUUCUGACUCUGCUUACAGCACUUUCUACCUUGAUUGCAAAUGGGUGUAAUUUUGCAAAGUUUCAUACCUGGAUAUCUAAAAACCAGCAACAGAAUGAAAUCAGUGAGAAAAAAGUUCCACUGAGUCUUAUUCCAAAAGAUUGCUUCCAGUAUUUAAACCUCACUAAACUGAGCAUCAAUUCUGGAAAACAUGUAACAGAUUUAACUAUUCAGAGCAUAUUUGUGUAUCUCACAAAUCUUAAACAACUAUCCUUAUCCUGGUGCCACUAUAUCACUGACAGAGGAUUGCUUGGACUCAACAUUACUAUAACUGAUGGAAUGACUUUUCCAAACGUUAAAGACACAGAAGCUCACAUACUCAGUACAGGAAGAUAUUCGAGAAACCAUAGUCGUAUUGGGUUUUUAGGCAGCCCUGGUGCAGAGUAUAUUAGCUAUGUUGAUUGGAGUGAAGUUGACGUUAAGUCAAGUUUACCAGAAAGAGGGAUUACAAGAUUGAGAAAGCUGCAACGUCUGUCGAUGUCCAAUUGCCCUAAUGUUACUGAUGAGAGUCUCGUCAGAAUAUUUUGUGUGGGUCAACCAGUAUUUCCUAAGAUGGAACAUCUUGAAUUGAAUAUGAUGCAGAGAUCAAUAACAAAUGAUGUUGUUAAUGGGAUUACUAUUGGAUGUCCCCUGCUUACAUAUCUUGCCAUGUCAGGAUCUAAUAUUUCUAAUGAUGGUGUAGCUGGCAUAACACAACGUCUCCAUCGUUUAGAAAAACUUGAUCUGUCCAACUGUGACAAUAUUACUCCAAAAUUCUUUCAUGGACUAAUCAAAAACAACAGAUGGUUGAGAGAAUUGGACAUAUCAUCAUGUAAACAAAUUCCAGAAUCAUCUGCAGAUAAACUGAAAAAGUCUCUUCCAUUACUUGCUCGUGUUCACACUCGCUAUUCUGGUGUAUAAAAUGUGUCAGUUUUUUUGCUUUGAAGGGCUUUCCUUUUCACUCAAGAAUAACAAAACAUAUAUAGUUAUGCAAAUAGGCUGGGGCGCUUACAUGGGUUGGGUUGGAAAACCUGUUGACAUGUUCAAUCGAGAAUUAUUCCAAUGAACUGAAUACUAUCUAUCCCUGGGUAUUGCUCUACCAUCCUUUGUUGUCAGUAGUCUUCAUGUUGAUUUACUUGUGUUACUGCCAUUGUGUCAAAAAUUGUCGACCUGAUUUUAACAUCUUGUUCUUACUUUAUACCAAUUCGGUUUGCUUUGUAUAAGUCUGACCUGUACAUGUCAGUGUAAAGUGAAUUUCAUGCUUUUGUUUGAAAUUCUGUGAAGUAUUGAUCCAAGGGUCUACCCAUGUCUCAUACUUAAACUAUAUUUGAAGUUUUGGCAACAUUCCUGAAUUUGUGUAUUGUCAUAUUUUUACCAAUGCGGAGUUCAAAAUUAAUUAUCCUAUUUAUCAUUUACUCAUCAAAUAAUCCAACUGUUUCUGUUACCCAUUCGAAAUAUGGUAGUCGGUCUCACCCUGACUCUGGGAGUAAACUCCAUUCUUUCCCUUCUUACACCCUGCCUCGAACAUGCAUUCCUUUUCUGACUAGAAUAAUAUGCAACGAUUUUUAUCGGUACGUAUAUAUAUAUAUAUCAUAUUCAUAUAUUUCUUUGUAAUGUUGCAUUAUCACAAAAUUUCAAAAUGCUGUAUAUAUAUCAUAGUACAUAAUAUAAUUAUAAAUAUUGAUUGAAAAAAUAUGCUACGAAUGCAAAUUUUUGUUUGAAAUGUGGAGGGGGAGGUAGGUUCUAAAGCGAUUGUUACACUAAUUGAGCGGUAUCAAAAUCUACUGGCGGGUAUUCUCAAAUAGAAAUUUAAUUGGGCAUUCAUGGGCAAUAAAUUGGAAGAAUGUGAACCAGUCGGCGAGAGCUAAUUUUACCUUAAUCUGAGUGGAGCUUGUGAUAAAACGUUUCGGAUUGUAACUUGAAAUACAAGUUUCAAGUCCCCACGAAGGUAUCUCAGACUGAAGUUAAGCCAAGAGCGCAUAUAGUCGGAAUAAAUAAAAAUCACGGGACAGUUGUGAAGAGUCGACUGCACGCUUGUGAAAUUUGUUCUUUUGCCUUGCAUCGGCAACUCCAAUACAACAAAAUUAUUACUAUUUAGAUUUUUUGUUCAACAGAAGUGCAUCUUAAUUUUUCACUUGGAUAAAUAAACGAGCAUAAUUACUAGUCGACAAUAAGCAAAGGCACUAAUAUACACUUUAACAAAUUGACCCAGUCUGAAUCGCUUUCAAGAAUAUAUACGGCAUGCGAUAAAGUCAAGACCAAUUGCACUUAUUAACAUAAUGAAAUGUAAAAAAAGUAGUAGAAAAUGUAAGUGGAAAUAAAUAUGUGCAAUACUGAUAAAUUCACUAGUUUUCAAACAUAUUUCAUAUUUAUUGUAUGUGACUGAAAUGACGAUCAAAAUAAAAA